ACUCAGCGAACGCGGCUCGCAAAGGUCAAUUCGCGUUUCGAACGCGGUCUUUUACAAUCUUAGAUAAACGUCAAAGGACCUGAGGUAUCGCAGGUCCUGAAGGAAACUUAAAGGAGCCCAUUGAAGGGAACGGUGCUUAUCGAAGGUGCCGUUCGCUAGAUCGCGCUUCCGAUCGAUCACGACGGUUCGCAGAGAUGUCGGAUGUCGCUCGUAGAGAUGACGUCGGGAUGGACGAAAGGGUCACUGAUGAAGUGGAGGCUUUGCGCGCCAUACUUCUAGACGAUGAGCUUAAGAUCACAGAGAACGAGAAGGGAGAGCCGGAAUGCAUAGAAACGUUGGUGUUUCCAUCAACGGGGGAAGAUUCUCAGUCGCAAUAUGUCUGCGUCAGACUCGUCGUACAUUUACCUCCUGGCUAUCCCGAUGUGUCUCCUACCGUUGACCUCAAAAAUCCAAGAGGUUUACACGAAGACACCGUGCAACAAAUUCAAUCGGAUACUGAAAUGAAGUGCAGGGACUUUGUAGGCCAACCUGUUAUGUUUGAAUUAAUCGAGCUGGUACGAGAACAUUUGACAAGAAGUAAUCUACCAACUGGUCAGUGUGCCGUUUGUCUCUACGGAUUUCGGGAAGGCGAUGAAUUUACCAAAACCGAUUGCUACCAUCAUUUCCACUCCCACUGUUUAGCAGCACACGUGGCUGCUGCGGAACGUUAUUACAGGGAAGAACAGGAAAAAUUACCACCAUGGCAGCAAGAUUCCACCAAUAAAUUUCAAGCUAUCUGUCCCGUUUGUCGGGAGUCAAUAAAUUGUGACGUCGAGAGUCUAUGGUCGGCUCCACCUCCAAUCGAUGUGGAGGCUGCAACCGAAUUCAGUGUAACAACGGAGCUGAGGGAACUGCAGCGAAGAAUGGCUGCUCUCUUUUUGCGACAACAACAACGCGGUGGGAUCAUCGAUCCCGAAGCAGAGGGUGUGAAAAUGUUAGUAAGAACGGAUGACGAUCCUGGUGCUACUACGGAAGAAGAACUGAGCCCAGCUGGAACGAGCUUGAACAACUUUCCAAAUCAAUCGGUACAAUCUGUGAAUCGAUUGCAACAACCGAUGCAACGACUGGUCAACUCGAAGCCUCCUCCCCAGAACUCGCAGUCGCAGCAACAGCAGAAUCACACGCAGUGUCAGAACAGACAACCCCAUCACAACAACCACGGCCAACGUAAUCGAGGCCGCGAACGAGCCCAUUAUCGCCGUCACUUUGGCAGAGUUCGGCAGGCCGAGUCCACUCCCAGAUGACAAUGGGUUCGCGACAAACUCGGCGCUAGAAACCGAUCAUCGUGCUCGCCGAGCGUGGGCGACGUCGCGCGCGCCCUCCCUAGCAUAAUCCUCGAUGUAUCGUACAAUAGCUGUCUAAUUUUAAAUCGUCUACGUGUGGUACAGUUAUAAGUAUCGUUUCUCUGGAGCAUUGAUAUAUCGCGAGGAUGCGGAAGAGGAGCGCGCUACGGAGAUGCCGGAAACGCUCGAGCGCGAUCUCAUACCGAUAAUUCGGGAAAGAACGGGACGAGGAGUAGGUGCCGGAUCGUUCGACACUGAUAGGGGAGGAGUCCUCUGUCUUUGCUGUAAAAAAACGGGUCCGAAGUGGGCAAAUUAACUGAAUAAGCAACCAAUCAAAAGGUAGCGAAACUCGGAUUCAUUGCGCAGGCGUUGAUAUUGCUAGCAACGAAUCGGCGAGAAUCGGACGAUCGGAGGUCAUUCGGUGAUGUCCGCUGAUCUAUAUACUUUGAAUGCUUUGCAGCUACUUAAGGUGACAUGAAAGGGUCAUUCUAUAUCUAUAUAUAAUACGUCGUAACAUUUAUAAAACUUUUCUCCAAAUU